CCUAUUUAAUUCAUGCAGGUGGAUUUUUUCAUAUCUAUGAUAAUCUGUGUUGAGUGAUAAUAUUUCUUUUUUAAACCAAGUACUUGUUAGUGCAAACUGUUUCGAAGGCACUCAGACUUAGUCAGAUGCUAAUUAUAGGCAAUUAUGAACUCAGAUGUUUUCAUAUGGAUAAAGCCAAUAUGAGUAUAAAUAGAGUGCUGCUCCAACUUUUUCGUUUCAAGCCUUUUAAUUAAGUGCAGCUUCUUCCACAAUACACGCACUCUUCAAGGCGUCCAAAUUAAAAAACAAUGGAGGCUGCUGAUCAGAUUUCCAAAGAAUGGAGUUCUCUUAGUGGAGUGUACACGGCAGAGGAAGCUAACUUUAUGAACCAGUUGCUUGGUCACUGUUCAGUCCCGGAACAGCUCUCUGAGAGUUUCAACUUGGGAACUCAAUCUGCAUUUUGGCCUGACCAUGAAUCCACAGAAAACAAUAACACCUACUUUCUACCACAAGUACCAAAUACAAAUUCUGUGUGUUUUUUACAACGGAGUAGUUCCAGUGCAGAUAGUAUCAAAUAUAUCUCUCCCGCAACAAAUGUUGGCAACUACUCCAAGGAUUUUUCCUUACAAGGCAAUGAUGGCAAACUGAUGGGUGGAAACACUGACUUAGAGUUAGGUCUUGACACAAGGAAAGAGGGUCUUGCUGAGAUGAAUUUGCAGGCUCACAUGGAACGUCAAAUACUAGAUUCUGAAUCAGGAAAAAGAUCUAGGAGCUCAAUCGAGGUCCCAAAGAACAAGAGAAAUGUUAAAUCUAAGAAGAAUCCAAAACCAGCUUCUGUAAGUCCAAACCCUCAGGGUCAGACCUUAAGCAGUUGCUGUUCAGAUGAUGAUUCCAACGCUUCGCAGGAGCUACAUGGAGGGACAUCAUCAAGUUUGAACCUGAAGGAUUCUACAGCUCUGAAGCUAAGUGGAAAAUCACGAUCUAAUAGAGAGCCUGCAACUGAUCCACAGAGCGCGUAUGCAAGAAAAAGAAGAGAAAGAAUAAAUGAAAGGUUGAGAAUCCUACAAAACCUUGUCCCCAAUGGAACUAAGGUUGAUAUCAGCACAAUGCUUGAGGAAGCUGUGCAAUAUGUGAAGUUUUUACAGCUUCAAAUUAAGCUUCUGAGCUCUGACGAUCUGUGGAUGUACGCUCCUAUUGCUUACAAUGGAAUGAACAUUGGCCUGGAACUUAACAUCAACCUUACCAAUCAACUAAAGAAAUGCAUAGCAUAGCAAUAUAAGUGUAUGCAGCAAAUUAAGAACAGGGGGUGUCAUUUUGUGAUGUUUAUGCUGUGUUCACAAGUAUAUCUAAACGGCAUUUGAUCAUAAGGACGUCUGAAUUUCGUUAAAAUGUGCACCUUGUGUCUUUUUGAAUUAUCAGACAUCAAUUUGAGUUGAUUCUUUUGAGUCUUUAUUUGAUCAAUGAAUAUUUUGAUUUCACUUUGAGUCGUCAGCAUUUUAUGCAAUAUAAAAAUCCAGUUUUUAACAAGUAAAUGCUAUUUUUACAACUAGUUAUCAGAUUAUAAUGCCAAAUUUAUAACCUUUUAUUUCCUGAAAUCCACUUUGUCGAAACUUGUGUUAAGUUAAAAAAAUGUGUAUUUUGCCAACCGUUUAUCAAAAGCGUGUUGAGAUUAAUUUGAUUUGUAAAACAGUCCAUAAGUAAUUUCUUAUUGCAAAAGCCUUCUUUUUUCUUAAAAUGUUUUCCUAAAAUUUAAAUUAUUGAAGACAGGCUAUAAGAUGUGUUACAUGUGUUCCGCCAAUACACAUUACCUUUUUGAGGACUCCAUUUUUUUCCCCCAAUUUUCUAAUCAAGGAAUUUAAGUAUUUCUGGUCACUAGAAAAACUUGCCCCAAAUAAGGUGGUAAAAAAAGAACCUCAUUAAUAAGAAUUGGAAAAAGCUAAGGAUAUUAAGUGAGAGUGACAUGAUUCCAUCCAAAUCAUUGACAAGGACCAUCCCAGAGUAAUGGAACAACAUUAGGACGUUAACUUGCAUGUACUACAGCACGAUAAGUUAUGAUCCUGUGCGUGGAAUAACAUGUCUGGUAAAGUAGAAAUCCUAUAAUCUACUGAAAUAGUACCUCACUAAGUAUACAAAUGCUACAUUUCCAACCAAAAAAAAAAAAAAAAAA